CUUGUCAGAAUGCUCUAUCUCAACGCUGUCACGGCCAGUAACGGCAGAAACAAACCAGCAUGGGAGAUGCUGGUCGCUUAAAGUCACGUCAGCGCGAAUGAAUACGAGACUUGUGUGACAGGCAGCGCCUUCGACGCGAGGAGACGUUUUUUUAACUUAUUUUUAAAGACGAGAGCGUACUAUCGAUACUCCCAUAAACACUGUCGACGGGAGUCACAUUGACGCUGAUGUGCGCUUAAGCUAACCGCUAACGUUGACGUUCCCCAACGGUACCGUCCGUCCAACGAGCGCGGAGCUAGCGACAACAACAACAACAACAACGCGAGGACCUCCGAGGUCCACUCCGUGAGCACAGAGACGGCUGGUGGCCCUCCCUUGCCGUGGUGGAAUUCAUGCGCCCGCUCGGAGACAGCCGUGCGUAGUCCUCGGGGAUGGGGACCGGCCGGCAGGAACAACGGGCAGCACUCACGCAGGGAGAAGUGCUGCCGCUGGAUUCCUCCCGUCAGUCAGAAGGGAGCUAUGAGGGCCGGAAGAGCGCUCGGUCUGUCGUCAACUCGCUCUUCUCCGGGGCUUUAGCAGGAGCCGUGGCCAAGACAGCCGUGGCCCCAUUGGACAGAACUAAAAUCAUCUUCCAAGUGUCUUCAGCCAGAUUCUCUGCCAAGGAGGCCUACAGGUUGAUCUACCGCACCUACCUGAAGAAUGGCUUCGUCAGUCUUUGGAGGGGCAACUCUGCCACCAUGGUGCGAGUCAUCCCGUACGCUGCCAUCCAGUUCUGUGCACACGAGCAGUACAAGGGACUGUUAGGAGGCUACUAUGGCUUCCAGGGGAAAGUCCUUCCUCCAGUUCCGAGGUUACUGGCUGGGUCCAUGGCGGGUACCACGGCAGCCAUGGUGACUUAUCCUCUGGACAUGGUGCGAGCUAGGAUGGCUGUAACACCCAAGGAAAUGUACAGCAACAUCCUGCACGUGUUUGUGCGGAUAUCCCGAGAAGAGGGCCUGAAGACGUUGUAUCGAGGCUUUGCUCCCACCAUGCUGGGUGUUAUUCCCUAUGCUGGGCUGAGCUUCUUCACCUACGAGACGCUGAAGAAGUCUCACGCAGAGCGCAGUGGGCGCCCACAUCCCUACUCCUAUGAACGUCUGGCGUUUGGAGCCUGUGCGGGACUUCUUGGCCAGUCGGCGUCGUAUCCUCUAGACGUGGUGCGCCGCCGUAUGCAGACGGCAGGAGUCACAGGCCACACGUACGGCACCAUCCUGGGCACCAUGAAGGAGAUCGUAUCCGAGGAAGGGGUCAUCCGCGGACUCUACAAAGGUCUCAGCAUGAACUGGGUCAAAGGGCCCAUCGCGGUGGGGAUCAGCUUCACCACCUUUGACCUCACUCAGAUUCUCUUGAAGAAACUGCAUCAGAUGGGCUACACGGCUCGAUAGGAAAGACAACGGAGAUGGGAAGACGGGGAUAGUGGGACGACGAGUCCCCUACGCACCCUCAGAAGAGAAAGGAAGUAAGAGAGUAACAGUGGCGUGUUGCUGGACAGGAGCAAACACACAGCGGCUCAAGCUGGCGGGACGUUAAUGUUUUGUCCUGCGCUGUCGCCGUGCAGCGGGGGCCGAACCCCGGUGGGCUUGAGGUGUGGUGGGGAUGCUACAGAAUACCAUGUACACAAUGUUGUCACGUACAGCUCAGUGCAAUGUGCUCAGUGGUUUUCCGUGUGGUCGCCCCCGUUUGACUGUGAGCGUCAGUCCGAAACUCACCGACGUCUCCCAGCUGCUUUGUGUGUCUGCUUAAAACCGACAACUUUAAUGCAGGUCGCCAAACAUUUUAACAUGCGCUUGAUUUGAUUACAGUAAAAUAUAAUCCCCUUGAGACUAUUUUUUGUCAUGUGUGUGUUUGUUAUAAACUAUUAUUGAAGCACAAAAGUUCUCAAAGUACAAUUUUAGAGCAAAAAUCUUUCCCAGCACAGAGAUAACAGCAUUCUUUUGUUGUAGUUCAAUGUAUUGAAAUCACAAAGAGUCCAGUAUCUAUAAGUGGACCUCCUUAAGAUUGAAUUCACAGACUUGUAUCUGCAGUUCAGCCGUAGUGACGCUAAUGACUAAUGAGCCUGUUUUAAGCCAGUGCCAACAUGCAGUAUAUGGUGUUUAAACAGUGCCCAAAUUAUUGUGUUUGUUUUCCCUGUGAUAAUAUAUAAUGGGCUUUUUCUAACAAUAUUGUCCAUUGCAUUAGAAAGUUUAGUUGUUUGUAUGUGUUAAUACAAACUAGUUGAAAACAACCUCUGGACAUACAGUCCCUUGUUAUGCACUCCAAGCAAGUUGAUGUUCCAAAAUGUGAGAUCAUAUACACUAAUUUAUCAGAUGAACAGGAACAGUGUUAUGUAGCCCAAUACAAAGAAGAACCUUUAAGAAGACUGUUUGUGCUGCUGUCGGCCGCGCCUUGUGAUCCUUUAGCUGUUUGGUUUGUGAUUUCAAUUCUGAAAGGCGCUUCUGUUCUUUUUCUGGUACGCUGCAGUCAGUCACGUAAUGGAUGAACACAGACGCACGUGUGUUUGGAUGUCAUGGUCUACGUGCUGCUGGUUUGGCCGCUGCAGGGGGCAUUAUUUCAAACUUAGCUCAAGGUCCAUAGCUGUGCUGCUAUUUUCUCAUGAGGUAGUUUGACUGGAAAGUUGCACACGCCUGGUGAAGAGAUUUGAGUUCCUUCCAGGCGUGAUUUUAUGUAUUUUAGUUUUCUCAGUAUUUUACUUUACCUCAGCACACCACCGAUUGUUCAUUACGUUCUUGCAUAUCAAUGUUUUAUGUAGUGAGUAGUGUUGCAUUCAGAUGGACCGUAUCUGGGACAGUUUGGACAGUAUCGAUGGGCUCGCGGCCGCUGAGGAAUAGUUUAUAUACUUGGAUCACACACACCGAGCUGAGGGAACAGCUGGGUGCAGAGCAGCUGGAGCAAAGCGUUGUCCUCAUGAGAGGAACACAGGAAGAUUUCGUCUUGUAAAACAAGUGUGAGGAUCUCCAGAAAAACUUUAGGUUUAGUAGUUCAAAAAAAAAAAAGAAUAUAUUAAUUGUGAUUCUGAAGUUGUAGAAUUGUAUUUACUAUUUUCACUUUCCAGAUGACUAAUCAUUUUCAUUUUUAGUUAAUCUAUAGAUUUUCAUAAUUACCAAACUGAUGCCUGUAAUUGUUUAAGUUGUCUUAACAAUGUUUACUGUUCUUUAACUGAGCAGCAGACAAACAACCCAAAACUCUGUCAUCGAAAAGCAACGUUUAGCAUUUGAAAUCUCUUAAGGAGCCGAUGUUUGGUUUUCUCUGUUAAUCAAUAAUCAAAUUUGAUCCACACUUGGAUUAGUUACUUUAAAGUGUUAAUAGACAAGUGUUUUGCCUUAACUUUAUAACUAUAGAGUGAAUGUUGAUUGUAAAAUAUAUUGGUGUAAUUUCAGAGGGAAAUGAAGACUUCGUAUAUUGUGCGAUUGUGCUCGGCCGCAGUCAGAAACUGAGUGAAACAGAAACUUUUUUUCCGAUUAAACAAGAAGCUGUAUAUAAACAUAAGCAGUAUAUGAACAUUCACACUUAAUACCAAUUAUCUAAAAUAGUUAAAUUUGUCAUUGAAAGGAUUUCAUCAAAAAAAGCAACUUUUUACAUACCAGCACCGAGCACCAGCUAAGGUCGCUAAAGGCCGCCAGACAAAGUCACAUGAUCACUUACACAUUGGUGAGGACAUCGGCCAUAUUCAUUUAUGCAUUUAUUCAUUCAAAGUCAACUCUCCUGACCAUCAUCAUCUCAUCCGUCUGUCCUCUUGUAGUGAUUGUUCAUUGUUCAGUGAAUCAGAGCGCUGUUCAAACUAGCAGGUUUGCUGAAAGCUCUUGAAUAAGUGUCCCUGAGAUGAGGGAAACUCCAGGUUCUCUGUGUUGUUGAACGCACUCCGAUCAGAUGUUUUCCAGAACCCAAGAGUCUGUUUCUCAUCUCAGAGUCGGGCUUCAGGCUCAGUUUCCUGUGUGUGCGCCCUGAAACGGGUCCCAGGCCGCUGGUAGAAGUGCUCCGGUGACGGACACCAGACGCAGCGGGCGUUAUUGUUCCCAUCACCACAGAGGCCUGCGCAGUCUUUUAAUAUCCGUGUGUUUUUUUCGUUUUUGCCUUUCCUCCGUUAAGCAGGUGGGAAAUAAAAGUAUCUGAGCUUUGAUGACUGACAGCUGAAGAUAGAAUGCUAUAAUGUAGAAAGUGUACAGUGACUGAAAGCGGAGCGAUGGGUGGUUACUGAAUCUCAAGUGCCUGGCGAGGAAUAGUAACAACGGUACUAUGACUGAGCUACUUCUACUGACCUUUUUGAAGGUCGUGUCCACUUUUAAGCCUUUGCUUUCAGUCGUGAAAUUCCAAAUAUUUAAGGGGCAGAAGAUGGUUUGACGUUUGGAGAUUGUUAGACCUCUGUGACUGAAUGUAUUACUAAAGGUCCAGUUUUUGUAUGUGAAUUAAAAAAAAAACGUAUAUGCUGCCUUGCAAUGUUCUGCUGUCUAUGGUGAGAUGCAUGAACGUGGCUCCCUAACAGACCGAAACAAUCCAUUCCAACCAGCCUAGGGACUCAAUUCAAACUACAGCCGAUGGUCAUUUAUGUGCUGAUUUCAAUGAGAAGAGCAUUUUAAUGGCAUCAUCUUCCUGUAGCUCAAGGGAAUAAGGUUAAUGCAUAAUGGAAAUGCACUGAUAGGGAGGGUAACAACACACGCGGAAAACCCCAGACAAUCAUGAAAUGCCAAAAAAAAGUUUUAGUUUUCAAUGGAAAGUACAUCUUGUUUCGUUAAGUACUUGACAGUGGCCUAAUGAUGAAUAAUGCAGAAUCACUGCAACAACAACUAAAAAACAACUAGAAAAAGAUGACAUGUUUUGUUUUAUCCAAUUUGUGGGUAAUCCUACAUGCAGCCAUGCGAUGCCAUUGUGUUGCAUGUUCCAACAGAUCACCUGGUAAUGUUUUUGUUUCAGUACAGUGCGAUAAGUCCUCGUGAUUUGUGCCAACUGAAUGUAAACGUAGCUACUAAUACCACACCUUGUGUUUAAUCUCUAUUGACGAUGCUGUAUCUGUGGGAAAGUUUGAAAUAUCAAAUCCCAAAAUAAAAUUGGAUAUUAUCAACA